GGACGGCCAGUCGAGCGGCCUCGCCCCGCUGGGAGGCUCAGAGGGGCGGAGGGAGGGCGGGCCGCCGCCCGGGCAGCCGGAAAGAAAACGCUCUUCCAGCGGAAGUGGCCCUGAGCCCCACACGUCCUCGACGCGCCGCGUCCCCGGGGGCCGUCCAGCAGGGCCUGCCCCUCGGGUGGGGCCGGGGGCACACUCGCCGCUCCGCGCCGGGCGCGGGCUACCUCCUCUCCGCCCGCGUCCUACUCGGAAGUGCCAGAUGCAACUUCCGCCAGGACAAGAGCUUUUUCUGGUGUCCACCCAGGAAUUCUCAUGAAUCAUUGACUGGCCAGCACCAUUUUACCAAUUGAACGGAUGAGUUCUCAGAAAUGGGUGUAGUGCUUUUAGAUCCAACAUGUAGAAUAUGGAUGCUACCCCAUGCUAUUUAUUUCUUCAUGCCAACACCUUCUUUGAUUGUGUAGGAUCUUUGUCUCAUCAUCUUUGAGUUUGGAUUGUGGGAAAAGAAAAGGAGUUCAUGUAGUUUUUUCUCCAAGCUUGAGUCACCAUGAGUAGUAGUUUAGGAAAAGAAAAAGACUCUAAAGAGAAUCCCAAAGUACCAUCAGCCAAGGAAAGAGAAAAGGAGGCAAAAGCCUCAGGAGGUUUUGGGAAAGAGAGCAAAGAAAAAGAACCUAAAACCAAAGGAAAAGAUGCCAAAGAUGGAAAGAAGGACUCCAGUGCUGCCCAACCAGGAGUGGCUUUUUCAGUUGACAAUACCAUCAAACGGCCAAACCCAGCACCUGGGACGAGAAAAAAAUCCAGCAAUGCUGAGGUGAUUAAGGAGCUUAACAAGUGCCGUGAGGAGAACUCAAUGCGUUUGGACUUAUCCAAGAGGUCUAUACACAUACUGCCAUCAUCAAUCAAAGAGUUGACUCAAUUAACAGAACUUUAUUUAUACAGUAACAAAUUGCAGUCCCUCCCAGGAGAGGUAGGCUGUCUAGUAAAUCUCAUAACACUGGCUCUAAGUGAAAACUCACUCACCAGUUUGCCUGACUCUCUUGAUAACUUGAAGAAGCUGCGGAUGCUUGAUUUACGGCAUAAUAAACUGAGAGAAAUUCCUUCAGUAGUAUAUCGGCUAGAUUCUCUCACUACUCUCUACCUUCGCUUUAAUCGUAUAACUACUGUAGAAAAGGACAUAAAAAACCUGUCGAAACUCAGCAUGCUCAGCAUUCGAGAGAAUAAAAUCAAACAGUUACCUGCUGAAAUAGGUGAAUUAUGUAACCUCAUUACGCUGGAUGUAGCUCACAAUCAACUUGAACACCUUCCAAAGGAGAUUGGAAACUGUACACAGAUAACCAACCUUGACUUGCAGCACAAUGAACUCCUAGACCUCCCAGAUACUAUAGGAAACCUGUCCAGUUUAAAUCGACUUGGUCUGAGAUAUAAUAGACUUUCAGCAAUACCCAGAUCACUAGCAAAAUGCAGUGCACUUGAAGAAUUAAAUUUAGAGAACAAUAACAUUUCUACUUUACCAGAGAGUCUUUUAUCAAGUCUUGUGAAACUGAAUAGUUUGACCUUGGCUAGAAAUUGUUUCCAGUUAUAUCCAGUGGGAGGUCCAUCUCAAUUUUCUACCAUCUAUUCCCUCAACAUGGAACACAAUCGAAUCAAUAAAAUCCCAUUUGGAAUUUUCUCCAGAGCAAAAGUAUUAAGUAAACUGAAUAUGAAGGACAAUCAGUUGACAUCACUUCCUUUGGAUUUUGGAACUUGGACCAGUAUGGUAGAAUUGAAUUUAGCAACUAAUCAGCUCACAAAGAUCCCUGAGGAUGUAUCUGGUCUUGUUUCUCUUGAGGUUCUAAUAUUAUCCAAUAAUCUUCUAAAGAAGCUUCCCCAUGGUCUUGGAAAUCUUAGAAAGUUAAGAGAAUUGGAUCUAGAGGAGAACAAACUGGAGUCCUUGCCAAAUGAAAUUGCUUAUCUUAAGGAUUUACAGAAAUUAGUCUUGACAAACAACCAGUUGACCACUCUUCCCAGAGGCAUUGGUCACCUUACCAAUCUCACACAUCUAGGCCUUGGAGAGAACCUACUCACCCAUCUUCCUGAGGAAAUAGGUACACUGGAGAAUUUAGAAGAACUGUAUUUGAAUGAUAACCCCAACCUGCAUAGCCUUCCAUUUGAGCUGGCUCUCUGCAGCAAGCUUUCAAUCAUGAGUAUUGAGAACUGUCCACUCAGUCACCUUCCACCUCAGAUUGUUGCUGGAGGGCCGUCUUUCAUCAUUCAGUUUUUAAAGAUGCAGGGUCCAUAUCGUGCCAUGGUCUGAUUCAAACCUGCUGUUCCUACACUGUUCAAAAAUAGACUGCCAUCAUUGUUUCAUAUCUAUCUGUAUCUAUUUAUGUAGAUAUUGAUAUAUAUGGCAGAUUUAUAAAGACCGCAUUAUGUGUUUCUGCAAAUAGAGGAAUCAUAGCCAUUUAGAUUUUUUUUUUAAUUCUGUACAAAAAAAAAAAAAGGCUUACAUAAGUUUUCUUUGCUAAAUUUGAUGGAUGUUUUUCUGUUGUGUUACCUGGUAUGCCAGUUUUCUUAAAAAGUUUGCCAACCAAUUAUGAAGUCACUAAAUUUAAGGAACAGAAGUAGUAUAGUUCGGUAUACUUUGCUCUUAAGAAAAAUAUGGGCCAAGGACUUUGUUGCAACUUUUCAUAUACAUUGUCCCCAUACCAGAGAUCAGAUCUUUAUAGUAUUAUAGGCCCCAAAGACAGAAUUUUUCUUUAAUUUAUUUUGAAAUUUGAGGUUUAAAUUUUGUGUAUGUUUACAGUCAGAGUAAAUCACUGGAUUUUGUUUUGUCUUGAUUUGCUCUGUUUUAAUCAAUCAGAUAUAGAUUAUAUCCUCUGUUAAAGAAUUUGCAUUAGCUGGUUUGAAUAUAAAAGACAAAUGUUUUUUGAAACAGCUAGCAAAGUAAAAAUACACAGUCAAAAAAUCUAGAAUUCCAUUAAUUUUGCUUCUCUGAUUAAUGGAAGCAAAGUAUUGGAGGUAAGUCUAGGUGGGGCAGGUAUUAAGAUUUUCUGAGUAUAAAUAUGUUUUCUUAACUUUGGGGGAACAGAAACUUGUAGUGAAGAGUUUUUCAUUCCAGAAAAUUGCAGAGUCACAAAAACCAACAGAGAAAUUUGGCAGAUAUCUAAGUUACACAUAAACACACAUUCUAUAUAUGUAUAUACAAUGCUAUAUAGAUAUGUAUUUAUUAUAUCAUAAACUACAAUAGGUAACUUUAAGGAUUUCUCCCUAUCCUUGUACAAUGAAAUGAAUGUCUUUCUUUGAAAACUGCAAUAUAUGUACGUUUCAAGGUUAUUUAACAGUGUACUAUGGUUUUAUAUCUUGACUUGCCUUGUACAUCUAUCUGUUUUGGAAUCUCUGUGUCUAAGCACAAUAUCUUCACACUGUGCUGUAUUGCUGCUGAACUAAAUGCACUUUUCCCCAUAUAUGGGGCACUGGCUUCAAACAAUUCAGUUCAGUACCAUUACUUUUAAUCUCAUCUUUCCUCUCUUGAUAGUGGGUAGUACAGUUAUGGGAAAGAGGCACAUUGCAUAGAAGCCAUUGGUAGUUCUGUGGAUGUUAUGUGAGAUGUGCAUGUGCUAUUUUAUAUAUUUUCUUUCGCUUUACUGCCUUCAAGACUAGCAGAAUUGUAAAUGUGUGCCCCUUUAUGUAGUGCUGUUAUUUUUGGUAGUGUUGGUCUUAAGUCAGUUGACUUAUCGAGGAAACUUACAGAGCAAGUGAAUUCUAGAUAUCAUCCUAAAAAAAAAAAUACUUCCCGUAUAAUGAGUAACUAUUAUGUAUAUUUACGUAUUGCUGCUUUUUUUCCAUUUUGUUGGGCAUUGUGUUUAAAAAACUUUAAAAAUAAGACUAUAAUAUUAAGAUAGAAAAUUGGAUUGUUUUGCUUUUCUGGCAUUCAAAUUCAGGAUGAGUUUGAGGUCACAUUUACAUUCAUAAUUGGCAAUUUUAUAAAGAACAACUGAGAAAUGGAAGGCAGGUAAAGAUAUAAAACCCUAGAAUGCUUAAAUGUGCUGUAAAACUAUUGUAGAUGUCACUGGAUUUUACCAAGUAAUAUCCUUUCUUUUCUCCAUCUACUGUGGCUUUUCAGUUAAAUUUUUGUUUAUAAAAUGAAUUUGUUUAUUUCAGCUCUACCUAGAGCAUAUGUGUAUGUGUGUUUUUUUUUAUAAUAACUUAUGGAACUUGAACUUUAAUGAUAGUAACUAAUGGCUGUUUCUUAAGAAUGAAUAUGUGAUCAUUUCUCAGAACGAAAAUAGUUUUAAAGCAGUUUGGUUCCCCUAUGUUUGUUUAUGUUAAUCUGCACAGAUGUACAAAAUGACCCCAAUCUUACAUACAGAAGUAAAGCAUGAAUAAGACUUGCCUCUUCUGCAUAGACCACCUUGUAAGAAAGAGCCCAUUAAUGUCUCGUUACUACCACAAGGAAACUAGAAAGGACUCUCAGACAUCCUGGUGAAAACAAGAUAUCUAAUACUAAAUAAUUUGAAAAUGGUAAACAAUAUUGUUGAAUGACUACAUGUAAAGUGAUUUUUUUCCCUGAAACUAUAAUUGGGCUAAUUGACAUGCAAAAAUUUAUUUUCUUAUAGAGAUAUUGUAUUUAAUCUAUUCAUGAAGUUCAGUAAAUAAAGUAAGAAUGCUAGAGAAUAUUAGAUUGCAAAAACAUUAAACUUUGAUCAUCUGUAGCAGGAAAAUUAUAAUGGUAGCAUCAAAAAUCUUUUUUAACAUAGCACUUUUAAAGUUCCAAAUGUUUAUUUCAUACAGAAAAGGGAAAUAGUAAAUAAUUUACUAUGGGUAAAUUAUUUGAGUACUAAUGAAAACACUAGAAGCUAGAAACUCUUGGGAGGAAAACAUGCCUUGACUUCAUUUGUACUUAAAAAGGUGGGUGAUACAAUUAGAAUGAGCUCCAACAAAGGUAAUUGCAUAUUUCUAAUUUGCCUAUAACCAGUCAUUUAGAAUGGAUAAAUUUCUGUAUUGCAGUUAGUCUGUGAGUUUUUUUUUGUGUGUGUGUGAUAACUUGUUACUUUUUGAAAGUUUUUCAUCUGGGUAAUUUGGAAGUUACAUGUAUAAGAUCUACUUUCAGCUUGCAGAAUUUAUAAUUUUUAUUAAUAAGAAUGAGCAAUAAGUAUAUGGGACAAUUUAGAAUGGAAAGAGAAGGGCACUAUAAGUAGUUGUUUGGGGAUGACAAUCAUGUAUCAACUGUGUCAG